AUGUUUGUGUCGGAGCGUCUGGAGAACGCCGUGCGUGAGGGAGUAGUGCUGAAAGUGUAUAACAAAGGGACAAAGUUUUCGUACAAGGAUCCAGGGGGGUUGCAGAAUAAGAAGCCAAGCCCUGGUGGGGGUGCCCGUGUGUGGCCGAAUGUCUCGGAACUGAUGCUACAGAAUAGACUUGGGGUCACCGAGGCCACUCAUCUGCUGUGCCCAGUGUAA